GUACCUCGACGCCGGGGCAUUUUCCUGCUUAAUGAGGACUUGACUCGGGAGCGAGUGUGAAUCACUGCCGGCCUGGGAGAGGAGGAAGGCGACUUAACCCCCUCCCACCCCCUCCAUGUCCGUGUGUCACUCGGCUCGGUCCACCUGGCGCGGCCGGUCCUGGGGCUGCUCCUCCUGCUGCUGCUGCUGCUGACGGCGACGGCGACAGCGACAGCGACCCGGCUUCCCUCCCGCUCCGGCCACCCCGCUCCUGGCGAUUGUUCCUCUUCGCACCGAACCUCGGCCAGGCCGGCACUUCGGCUCCGAAAUAACUUCUUUCUUUUUGGAAAGCACAUCUCGAACCAGUCAAGAUCGUGAAGGUUGAUUUCUGUAGCUUGAAGACUUCUCUCUCUUUUUGUUUGUUGUUGUCUUUUUUGAUUUUUUUUCUCGUAAACAUCUGGGGAUAUAUCAAACGGCAAGAUGUCCAGUAAUGUCCCGGCGGAUAUGAUAAAUUUGCGUCUCAUCUUGGUAAGUGGGAAAACAAAAGAGUUCCUGUUUUCUCCUAAUGAUUCUGCCUCUGACAUUGCGAAGCAUGUGUAUGACAACUGGCCAAUGGACUGGGAAGAAGAGCAGGUCAGCAGUCCAAAUAUUCUACGCCUUAUUUAUCAAGGACGAUUUCUACAUGGAAAUGUCACAUUAGGAGCAUUAAAACUUCCUUUUGGCAAAACAACAGUGAUGCAUUUGGUGGCCAGAGAGACGUUACCAGAGCCAAACUCUCAAGGUCAGAGGAAUCGGGAAAAGACUGGUGAGAGUAACUGUUGCGUAAUCCUGUAAAUGCCGUCUGCCAGGCGUGCUGUGAUGUGGUCCUUGUCUUUCACGCUGCUGGGGCAGAGGAGACCCGACGUGGCUUCAGAAACCUUUAGGCAGAGUCCGCCUGUAAAUCCAUGGACCCAAACUAUCAUGUGAACACUGUCAUCUUUUCUCAUGAAAGUAAAAGAACCAAGAACAUUUUUCACUAUAAUUUUUUUAUUUCUAGUGUCUUUGUUUAUGUUGAGCAGUUUUUAAAUAUUUGGUUUUUGAAUGCAAGUCAAUCUCCAGGGGAAAAGUUAACAAGUUAUCUUUCAUAACAGAAACCAUUUUGCUGCCGCAAAAAUUGCCAUCACCAGAACUAACAAAUCAAGUGUUCCAAAUGCAGUUUGCACUAAAAAAGAUUGGCAUUAUUUUCUUCAUCAGCAGAAUUUAUUAUAUGGUUUAUGGUACCUAGGAAUGAUCAUAUAUACAAAUUCACACUGGAAGACACUCAGCAAUUAAUGAAGUUAAUUACUGGGCCAACUGGAGAGGAAAAAAAUGGAGAAAAACUCAGCCGUGGUGGCUGCACUGGCACAGAAUCCUAAACUGAGUGUGACUAUUUUCACUGCGACAAUGAAAAAGCAAAAUGUGCCUGUUGUUUAAAGUACUCAGUAGAGGCUGAUGAAACUAAUUGUUUUUCCUAUAACACGUGCACUCAAGUCAGACAGUCACGGCGGGCUUGUUCACACAGCACAAAAAGGGGUGAGAGCGCGUGUCCUAGCCUUAAUGCGGGGGUCAAGUCCAGUCACUCGUAGACUUCCAUGUGCAGAAAUACUAGAAAACCUCAUUUAUCGGUCACUUUUAUGUAUUUGAAUAAUAGCAAAUUGAAAUUUUCCAUAAUUACUACUCAUCUCUGUGUCCAGUGUCACACUCAUUAGAAAGUUCAGAUGAAUUCUUAAAAUUAAAAAAUUCUCCAUAGUACUAAUUUCAUUUCUUUAUGUAGUUUGCAUUUCGUAUUAGUGCUUGCAGUUGUAUUAAAAUUAAAAGACAGUUUUUUAAGGCAUACAUGAUUAGGGAUGUCAUUCUUUUGUUUGUACCAAUAAUUUAAAAAUUGAUAUGCUAAAAACAAUUUGCACAGCACUAAAGCAUGAGCUAGUUUCAUCUAAAUCUGUAAAAAAAAAAAAUAAAAUAAAAGAUUUUAUAUUUUUUCACUGGGAAGAAAUUCUUCCUGGAUGAAAUUUCAGAUAUGUGUAGAAUAUAUUUAAUAAAAAAACUUAUAAAAUACCUAACUAUAGAACUUAAAUAUAGAUUGGCGUGUAGUAUAUAGAACAAUAUUCCAUAUAAAUAACUUUAGCCUUUAUAAAAAUGAAGUUGCAGGUUGACAUUAUGUUCUGUACUGAAAUAAAUGUCCACAGCCCUUACAAAUAGUAAGUGUAAAUGGUUUCAAAUGGUCAGCUUUGUUUAAAGGUAAUCAGAUUACUUUAUUCAUUGUUAAUGCUUUGAUGAAGAGGCUUUAUAUGCAGUAGAUCUACGAAAACACUGUUCAUACUGAUCAGAAUUAAAUUUGUAUAGAGCAGAGUUUUAAAAUGAAUGUAAAUAGCAUUAAACAUUUUCUUUUCUGCAACCUGUACUUAUAGAGUCUUUCUGUAAACUAAAUUAAAAAAAUACUGUAGUGCAUUUUGGUGGUAACUUUAAAGGUCUUGAUUAGGUUGAUAAUUGUUUGAACACUGUCUCAUCCAUGUUAAAAUUGUGUUCUAUUUUAUUUUUGAAUCUUUUAAAAAUUUGUGUAAUAGUCUUUCGUUAGUUUUGGGAGGAUUCCCAGUGUAUCUUUGAUAUUUAACUUGGUUAAUUUGUGCACAGUCACGACAAUGGUUAGAAUUACAUAGUCUCUGUUAUCACUAAGACGUUCUAUUCAAGGGAUGUUAAAUAUUUAUAUGCUUUGUUGACUAGCUCAAGUGUGAAUUCUGUUAGUGUCGACUAAAGAAGAAUCUGGUAGUUACUUAAUGGGGCAAUUAAGCCAUUUAUGGCUGUAUUCUUUCCUAAUACGAACUACUGGUAGUUAUUUUUAAUACCUAUUUUAAUUCUAAGUACUCUUCUGUUUUUCCAAAGUUAAAGACUAUAGUUAAUUAUGAUUGAAAUUCUAUGAUGGUUAACAAUAUUCUCUAUUGGUUUUCAAUAUAUUUUCCUGUGUGUUCCCACGUUAUAAAUUUCCCUUCAGAAGACCUCAAUUCAGAGUCUGCAAAUUGGAUAAACUGGUUUAUUUGUAGAGAAAGAAUUAUGUCACUUAAUUCCUAGUAUCAUUGUUGUGCAAAAUGAACAGAAGAAUAAAAAGUAGCAGUAAAAUUAUAUACUGAAAACACCAAAAAUUUAGAUGCCUUAAUAGUAUAUACGUGAAAAUACUCAACUUUCCCUUUGAAAAUAGUUCCUGGGCCUGCCUGAUGGUUGAUCAUAUCCAAGGCUCCUUCCUAUCAGCGAUCCCUCUGCCAAAAACAACAGCUCACUCUCCGAAAGGUGAGAGCUGCAGAGAUCCAGUCCUGUAAACAGAGCCUGAGUUACAGGCCUGUGACCUUGCCCGGCGCUGGGGUUUAAUUCAUCUCUUACCUAAAUUUCCUAAAUGUUAAGUGUUCUGGAAAAGGCAAAGCUUUUUUUCUUCAUUAAAACCUCUGCAUGUCUCCUUGAUCUGAAUUAUUUGCUUUCUUUUCAAGAUACCUUGUAUCUUGUCAUGGAAAAUACAGUAUCUAACAUCAUCAUUUGCAUUAAAUGAGGUUUUCUCAUAACAUUUAUCCUUAAUUUUAUGUCAUCUUGACCAAUGUUACAAUAAUUUCUGUUAGCUGAUUGUGGUAAACAAUGUUUAAUGUGAAAAGAAAUUAAAACUUUCUUCAUCUGUUGUA